CGUCAGGUUGUCUCCUUGGUCGAGCAUAGGGAAGCAGCUCACGACGCGCACAGCGUUGCGAUGACCGGACUCAGUGUUACGAUUUUAAUUUAAUUAGUUGCAUUCCAUUCUUUUUUAUGGACUGACUUUUAUUCAUUCCAAGCGUACAGUUUUAGGAAUAUAAUAGCAUUCUUUUUUUCCCUCGAGAACACCUUCGUUCGACAUUCAGCUGUUCUUUUUCCUUGUCUUUUUUUUUUAAAUAAUUAAUAAAAUGAAGGUGAUGGUAGAUUUCGAGGAGUGCCUUAAGGACUCCCCCAGAUUCAGGGCAACAAUAGAAGAAGUGGAAGGAGAUGUCUCUGAGUUGGAAUCCAAAUUGGAUAAGCUGGUAAAGUUGUCUAUUGGAAUGAUUGAUGCUGGAAAGGCAUACAACACAGCAAGCAAGCAGUUUGUAAAUGGAAUCCGUGAACUGGCACAACAGUCUUCCAAGGAUCAGGUUAUUGAAGAAAGCCUUAUGAAGUUUGCUGAAAAUUUACAGGAGAUGAUAAACUACCAUACAAUCCUGUUUGACCAAGCACAGAGAUCGAUUAAAUCUCAGCUUCAGACAUUUGUGAAAGAAGACCUGAGAAAGUUCAAAGAUGCCAAAAAACAGUUUGACAAAGUUAGUGAAGAGAAGGAAACCGCCUUGGUGAAGAAUGCACAAGCACCUCGGAACAAGCAACAUGAAGUUGAAGAAGCUACCAGUGUCUUGACUGCAACUCGCAAAUGUUUCAGACACAUUGCCUUGGACUACGUGCUUCAGAUUAAUGUCCUGCAGUCCAAGAGGCGCUCAGAAAUCUUAAAGUCGAUGCUGUCCUUCAUGAAUGCACAGCUCAACUUUUUCCAUCAGGGUUACAACCUUUUCAGUCAGUUACAGCCUGUCAUGAAAGAGCUGGGAGGCCAACUGGACCAGUUGGUGGUUGAUGCAGCAAAGGAGAAAAGAGAUAUGGAACAAAAGCACUCAACGAUCCAACAGAAGGACUUCUCAACGGAUGAUACCAAGCUGGAAUACAAUGUGGAUGCAGAAAAUGGAAUUGCCAUGGAAGGAUACCUUUUUAAAAGAGCCAGCAAUGCAUUCAAAACAUGGAACAGGCGCUGGUUCUCCAUUCAGAACAACCAGUUAGUAUACCAAAAGAAAUUCAAGGAUAAUCCAACAGUGGUAGUGGAAGAUCUGCGUCUCUGCACAGUGAAACAUUGUGAAGAUAUUGAACGCCGCUUCUGCUUUGAAGUUGUAUCUCCAACAAAGAGCUGCAUGAUGCAGGCUGAUACAGAAAAGCUGAGGCAGGCCUGGAUAAAGGCUGUCCAGACUAGCAUUGUGACUGCUUUUCGAGAGAAAGGAGAGGAUUCUGAGAAGCUAGACAGGAAAUCCUCCACAUCUACAGGCAGCCUAGAUUCUGGCAGCGAUCCCAAGGAGAGAGUUGUUAAAGGAGAAAACAUACUACAGCGCAUUCAGAGCAUUGCUGGGAAUGGCAUGUGUUGUGACUGUGGCAUGGCUGAUCCCCGCUGGGCUAGCAUCAAUCUGGGCAUCACACUGUGCAUUGAAUGCUCUGGGAUACACAGGAGCUUAGGAGUGCAUUUUUCAAAAGUGCGGUCUCUUACUUUAGACUCCUGGGAACCUGAAUUACUAAGGCUGAUGUGUGAAUUGGGAAAUGAUGUUAUAAACAGGAUAUAUGAAGCUCGACUGGAAGAGAUAGGUGCUAAAAAGCCACAGCCAGGUGAUCCCAGGCAGGACAUCGAGGCUUACAUCAGAGCAAAGUAUGUGGAAAGAAGGUUCGUCCGGAAGCCCAGCCCAGCAGAGCAAAGGCUGAAGAUCAUAUCAUUGAAAAAUGAGGAGAAGAGACUUAGUGGUAGCUUGGAAUAUCUUCCACCACGCCCACCACCACCAACACCUAAGCAGAGGCCAUCUUCUAACAUUUCAGCAGCUGCAGUCUGCAGUGACGAGGCCCGCCGGGAGUCUCUCUUCUGUCCCGAUGAGCUUGAUUCGCUCUUCUCCUACUUUGACACCUCUUCAAAGCUACGCAGUAUAAAGAGUGCUGACAAUGGUAUUCAGAAGAGUACAAAUUCAAAUCAAGAGGUGCCAGUCUCCCCACCGACUGCAAAUAAUUUGAAUGAAUCUGAGUCUAGGAGCAACUCUGCUGUCUUCCCUGAAUUGAAAGAGUACACUCCUGGUCUACAGCUGUACUGUGCUGCAUAUGCAUGCAAGCUGCCAGAAAUGGCUGAGGCAUUGGCUUAUGGUGCAGAUGUCAACUGGGUCAACGUAGAAGAUGACAACAGAACCCCACUAAUUCAGGCUGUACAUGGGGGCUCACUGGUUACAUGCGAGUUUCUACUUCAGAAUGGUGGUAAUGUGAACAGUCAAGAUGUGUUUAAGAGGGGACCUCUGCACCAUGCUGCCAUUCUCGGACACACAGGGCAAGUGUGUCUCUUCCUUAAAAGAGGAGCCAGCCAGAAUGCCCUUGACAUUGAUAACAGAAGCCCUUUGUCUAUAGCUGUGGAGGCUGCCAAUGCAGAUAUAGUAACAUUGUUGCGUUUGGCGAAGAUGAACGAUGAGAUGCGUGAAGCUGAAGGACUCUAUGGACAACCAGGUGAUGAAACAUACCAGGAUAUUUUCCGAGAUUUUUCCCAAAUGGCUUCCAAUGAACCAGAAAAACUUAAUCGUCUCCAGCUGUCAGAUUCACCGAGGCUGUGAAGCUUGCACUUCUUAUAUGCGUUUUCUUAACCUUAAUGACACGUGGCCCAUC